CUCCUCUCCCUCCCUCCUCUCCGCACUGUACUCUCCGGGGGCUCUGGGUACCGCUGCAGCAUCACUAGCCACCUCCAUCCAGGAGGCUGGGAGCGCGGGGCGGAAGGGGAGGGCUGCGGGGGACAAGCUGAAUGAAUGGGCAUCGCCUCGGUGCUGCUGGAGCCUCCGCAUAGGGGCGAGGCGGCCGGACCGCGCCGCGGGCAGGGGGGCAGCGGCGGCCGGCCAGCGGCCGGGGCCGGGCCGGGCCGAGCCGAGCCGGGCCCCCCGCCGAGCCGCCGCCGGGGCGCUGCGAGGAGCGGGCGCUGCCCCGACGCGGGACCGCUCCGGCCCGGGCGCCGCCUCGUGCCGCCGCGGACCGAGCCCAAGGAGCCUGCUGAGCACGGCCACAGAGCUGCUGCCUGGCUCUGCGCACCCUGCAGCCAGCGCAUGGACCACCACCGGCCCCCAGCUCGCGAAUGACGGCAGCGGAGUCCCCGCGGAGAGCAGCGUCCGGACUGUCUUCAUGAGGGACAGCUCUGGAGGGACACAAGGUGCACAGGAUGCUGAACCUGGCCUAGACCCCAAGCCCAGCAAGCUGUGAGAGGUGCAGGGGAGUCUGCAGGAGAGCAGGGCCAGCUCCUGCAAGGGCUCCGCCACACCAACCCUGAGCGAUGGUCUAGGGAACACUGGGACCAUGAAGGGCUUAGGAGAUAACAGAAGCCGCCACCUCUCCGAUAACCUGGACUCCCCUCAAGACUCUCUUUAUGCCCCCCAGGACAGGAACCCUUAUCUCCUCAGCCCUACCGACUCCUUCACCAUGGACCCCCGAUUCCCAGCCCAAAAUACCCUCCACGGCGACUGUCUCCUUCCACUCAACAACCAGAUCUCCAACAGCAGCACAUUCCCGCGCAUCCAUUACAACUCCCACUUCGAGGUCCCAGACGACAACCCUUUUCCAAGCCAUGCCCAAGCCACUAAAAUCAACCGCCUGCCUGCAAACCUCCUUGACCAGUUUGAGAAGCAGCUGCCCAUCCACAGAGACGGCUUCAGCACCCUCCAGUUCCAGAGGAGCGAUGCAAAGCACCGGAGCGAGAGCCCUGGGCGCAUCCGGCACCUCGUCCACUCUGUCCAGAAGCUCUUCGCCAAGUCCCAGUCUCUGGAGGGCCCCACCAAAGGCAACGUGAACGGCAAGAAGGGGACGGAUGAUGCCAAGCAAAACCGGAGGAGCAAGAGCAAAGACCGGGCGAAGACCUCCGAGCCCAAGCGCAGGACCAGAUCCAACAUAUCAGGCUGGUGGAGCUCAGACGACAACUUAGACAGUGAUACCUGCAGCUACCGCAACCCAAUGGGCCUCAUGACACUGGGCCGGCAGCCGGACCACAGCCAGCCCAAGUACUUCAUGCACGCUUACAACACCAUCAGCGAGCACAUGCUGAAAUCCUCCAAGAGCAAUAACGACCUCAAGGUCACCCCAUGCACCAAUAUCCCCAUCAACAAUGACUCCAACUACAUUAAGAGGGGCUCCUGGUCCACGCUGACACUCAGCCAUGCCCGGGAAAUGUGCCAGAAGGCCUCCGCCACGAUCGACAAAGCCUUGCUGAAAUCCAAGUCCUGCCAUCAAGACUUGGCUUAUCACUACCUGCAGCCUGACGGAGGGCUGUGGGCGCAGCUGGGUGGCGUGAGCCCGGCCAGCAGCUGGGCAGCCCCACCGCUGGGCUGGGAGGACACGGGGGCCACCCCGCCGCAGCCGAGCGAGCCCCCGCGGAGCUGGGACCAGCCCCUCAGCCCUGGGCCGACCGACGCGGGCAGCGGCCAGGUGCCUCAGGGGGAGUGGAACAACACGCUGUCUCGGGACAAAGACAGCGAGAUCCCGUGCCGGCGCAUGCGGAGCGGGAGCUACAUCAAAGCCAUGGGGGAUGAUGAUAGUGAAGACUCAGAAACCAGCCCUAAACCAUCCCCGAAAACUGCAGCUCGGAGGCAGAGUUACCUCAAGGCCACCCAACAGUCCCUGAGUGAGCAGAGCACCACACAAAGGAGCCUGGAUCGCCUGGACUCUGUUGAGAUCCUCCUACCUCCGAAGUUCCCAACCUGGGAGGAAGAAUACAACCAGAUCUCUGACAGCAUCAACGAGUCCAGUUGCAUCAACCAGGCACCGGAGCCGGAGCUGGGGGAGCAGUACGAGGCAGUCUGCGACUCCACCUACAGCGAGGCCGAGUCGGCCGCCGCGGAGGUGCUGGACCUGCCUCUGCCCAGUUAUUUCCGCUCCCGGAGCCACAGCUACCUCCGAGCCAUCCAGGCGGGCUGCUCCCAGGAAGAGGACACGGGCUCCGUCCGCUCCAUCUCCCCCCCACCGACGGGCAGCCUCAGCGGCAGCAGGACCCUGCCCACCAACAGCAGUUCAUCAUGCCUAGUGGCAUAUAAAAAGACUCCACCUCCUGUCCCACCGCGGACCACAUCAAAGCCGUUCAUCUCUGUCACUGUGCAGAGCAGCACUGAAUCGGCGCAGGACACCUACCUGGACAGCCAGGACCACAAGAGCGAGGUGACCAGCCAGUCGGGACUCAGCAAUUCCUCAGACAGCUUGGACAGCACCAGGACACCCAGCGUGACGAGGGGGAGCGUUGUGGCUCCAGCAAGAGACACUCCGGAGUUACCUCAGAAAAAUGCAACUUUGAAAAGUGACAAAGGGACUCUGACCAGCGAAGAGCCUAAAGUGGAGAAUAUCCCCAAAAGAAAGCUGUCGUCUAUAGGAAUACAAGUUGACUGCCUUCAGCCAGUGGCAAAAGAGGAGCCUCCUCCACCAGCCACCAAAUUCCAGUCCAUCGGGGUACAGGUAGAGGACGAGUGGCGAAACAGCCACUCUCGCAGCAUGUCCACCAAACAGGACACAGACUCUGACACACAGGAACCUAAUAACUCUAGCUGUAAAUCAUCUGAGAGAAGCCUCGCUGAGUGCCCCCAACACAACAACUCCGUUGGUGGUGAUGCCACUACCAGGCAACCAGCCAAGCCCUCACAGAUUAAGAGAAACCUCUCCUAUGGAGAAAACAAUGACCCAGCCCUGGAGCCUUCCUCUCUCCCUCCUCCUGACCCCUGGCUCGAGACGUCCUCCACCUCGCCAUCAGAACCCACACAGCCAGGAGCCUGCCGGCGGGAUGGAUACUGGUUUCUGAAGCUGCUGCAGGCGGAAACAGAGCGGUUAGAAGGCUGGUGCCGCCAGAUGGACCAGGAGACCAAAGAGAACAAUCUCUCUGAAGAAGUCUUAGGAAAAGUCCUGAGUGCAGUGGGCAGUGCACAGUUACUAAUGUCACAGAAAUUCCAGCAAUUCCACGGCCUCUGUGAACAAAACUUGAAUCCUAAUGCCAAUCCCAGACCCACAGCCCAGGACCUAGCUGGGUUUUGGGAUCUCCUCCAGUUGUCCAUUGAAGACAUCAGCAUGAAGUUUGAUGAGCUGUACCACCUGAAAGCAAAUAGCUGGCAAUUGGCAGAGACACCGGAGAGAAAGGAAGAGAAGAAACCACCCCCUCCAGUGCCAAAGAAGCCAGCCAAGUCCAAAUCCCAGCUGAACCGGGACAAAGCCUCUGAUUCAGACAAGCAGCGCCAGGAAGCUCGCAAGCGUCUCAUGGCAGCCAAGCGAGCGGCCUCUGUGCGGCAGAACUCGGCCACGGAGAGCGCAGACAGCAUCGAGAUCUACGUCCCCGAGGCCCAGACCCGCCUUUGAGCCGAGGGGGCAGAGGAAGGAACCGCGUGGUUUUUAUAAGUCAUUAAAAAGGCAACAAAAAAAAAACAAAACACAAAAGGUUCUCUUAAACUAGUGUGAUUUCUUGAGUCUAGAGACAACGAGCCAUCCUUGCAAAGGGCUCCCGAGUUGGCGCUUUUUUUUUUUCUCUCAGCUUUAAGUAAUGAAGAUUUUAAAAAAAAAAAAAAAAACAAACAAAACAAAACAAACAAAACAACAAAAAAAGAGAAAAUCCCCCUCGUUUUCUCCCUGGCUGUGGUGUUGCUGAACGGGACUGAACAGACUCCUGGAAACUCCAACCCCUCGACUUGGACCUUCAGUCUUUUUACUCGUUCUAUCUCAUGAGAAUUAUUAGCUUGUUUACAAGAAGAGGACAAGAAAACAUGAAGCCUUGAGCACUUGCCAUGCUGUGUUCUUCCUCCUCCUCGGUUCUGUUCUUCCUUCUCAUCCUUUUCUUUUUACCUCCUCCUGCUUCCUUUCUCCCACCCCUUUGCAUGGCUUUGUUUAACCGUGUUAGAAACAACCUCUCUUCCACCGAGCUCCCGAAGAGAACACCCAUUCAGUGUGUACUACUGUUGCACUCUGCUAGCAAGCAGCCUUUUUUUGGGGGGGUGGGGGGUUUGUUUUCCUUUUGAUGGGGGAUAUUGGGGUGGGGGGAGGCUGGGUGGGCAGGGACAGGGCAGUGGGGUUUGUAUUCCUCUGUUUUAUUGAAGUUGAGAGGAUGACAGGGUCUGUGGAAUGUAAUGCAGAGUUGUUGAAAUGCAGCCCAGAAGCAAAUGUGCAAUAAGCUAGCGAAGGGGGGGGGGGGGGACACAGUGCUUGGCUGGCUGAUGGGAGACAGCACUACCCUUAACUCCAGGCACAAGAGGGGAGCUGAAGGAGCACAGAGCAACUCCAGGCACGAUCCACACAUGCUUCACUUUGAUUUUUCUCCUCUUUUUAUUUUUUUGCAAGAUUAUUUUCCUUGAAUUGCUUGUUGAGAAAGAAGCUGCUACACGGGGGUGGGGGGGGGGAACCUCUUUUACAGGGGGAGGGCUGGGAGAGUGUGAUGGUAUUUCAGGGUGGGAGGACUGGGUUUGUACAGAGGAAGGCACAGGUAGCUGGUGGUAGGCUGCCUGCCUGUAUGUAUGUGUACAUAUGCACAUAUACACUUAGUAGUACCUGUACAUUUAAUUCAUACACACGUAUACAUGCCCAUACACACAGUGCAGACGGUGUGCUUAAAAGCACCUUGGUGAGAAUGGGCAUAUGUAUAGCAUAUAUUUUUACAUGUACUAUAUCUAGAUGUGUGUAAAAGUGUGUGUAAAAAUAUAUACCCUGUGUGUAAUCAGAUGACUAUUUUUUCCUUAUCUCCCUGCUCUCUGGGUAGAGGAAGGAUUGCUAAAUAUUUUUUAGCCCGUUUUUCCCCUUUGUAGGUCUCCUUUUCAGCCUGGCUUCUUGAAGCCACAUCUGCCACCACCAAAUUCUUUGCCACCCCCUCCCAAAAAUAGAGCAUUUUGCCUCAUUCAGAGUGAUCCUGUUGGGAUUUGGAGGUUUUUUUUCCUUCACUUGCUUGAAUGAGUUGGAAGAUUGUGUGUUACUUUCAUGGGGGUAGAAGCCCAGAGCUGGAUUCUGAAUCCCAACAAGGGUGUUGGUGAGCCAGAAGGCAAAAGAUAAAGUGAAAUCCUGAAUGAUGUCUGAGUUACCAUUAUAUGCUGUAAAGUGUUGUCCAUGCACGGGUGCUCUUAGAGAUUUCUGCCCACCUACGGUAUACUCUCAACUGUGAAACUGGGUAUAAUGUAACUCAAAUCCAGCGUUGGUUUUGAUGGUUGUGGGUAAAGAUACGGACUUGUUGGGUUGCACUGUUGUAAAGAUGCUGUUUUAGAGCUCUCUAGCAUUGAAACGGGGGGACACGAGGGGACGGGUGGUUGGUUUGUUUGUUCUUAUUUACUCCUCCAACCGUGUCUGAGGCUGCUGUGGGGGGAGCUGGCCUGGAAGGCUGGUUUUUCUGGGGCUCAUUUUGUUUCCUGCCACCUCGGAGGAGGAGAACUCGCAGCAGCAAGGGCAGCUGGCUGACUUACCAUACAAACCACAAUAAAUAAACAGAUGCAGUCUGACUUUACAG